AUGGGGACAUGGGCACCCUACAGCCGUGAUGUGAAAUCCAAAGAGAGUGGAGAGCUCAUGGCUGAUUGCGGUGCUCCCAGGGAAAUGAAUAAACAACCAGCCAACAGCCUGGAGGCGGCGGUGGUGCUGGGCCACCACGAGGGUUCAUGCGCGCCCAGGACCAGCCCGGAGCAGGACCUUCCCGCAGCCUCGGCCACGCCGCCCAGUGUGCCCAGGUCGGCUUCCACCGGCGCCCAAACUUUCCAGUCCCUCGACCCCCGAGCCUGUGAGGCUGAACGCCUGGGGUUGGGGGCUUGCCCGAGACCAAGGCCGCCGGCCCCCUCCGCGGCUCUGCGGGAUUUGAGCGAGACUCAUGGCGCACAGGCUGCCCCUUCUGGGGGCGCAGGGCCAGGCAACGCGAUGCAUUGUAAGAUUCCGGCCCUUCGGGGCCCGGAGGAGGAUGCGGACGUGAGUGUGGGCAAGGGCACCCUGGAGCGGAACAAUACCCCAGCCGUGGGCUGGGUGAAUAUGAGCCAGAGCACCGUAGUGCUGGGCACGGAUGGAAUCACGUCUGUGCUGCCUGGCAGCGUGGCGACCACUGCCGCCCAGGAGGACGAGCAAGGGGAUGAGAAUAAGGCCCGAGGGAACUGGUCCAGCAAACUGGACUUCAUCCUGUCCAUGGUGGGGUAUGCAGUAGGGCUGGGCAAUGUCUGGAGGUUUCCCUACCUGGCCUUCCAGAACGGGGGAGGUGCUUUCCUCAUCCCCUACCUGAUGAUGCUGGCUCUGGCUGGGUUGCCCAUCUUCUUCUUAGAAGUGUCGCUGGGUCAGUUUGCCAGCCAGGGGCCAGUGUCCGUGUGGAAGGCCAUCCCAGCCCUGCAAGGCUGUGGCAUUGCAAUGCUGAUCAUCUCUGUCCUAAUAGCCAUAUACUACAACGUGAUUAUUUGCUACACACUUUUCUACCUGUUUGCCUCCUUUGUGGCUGUGCUGCCCUGGGGCUCCUGCAACAACCCUUGGAACACGCCAGACUGCAAAGAUAAAACCAGACUUUUAUUAGAUUCCUGCGUCAUCACUGACCAUCCCAAAAUCCAGAUCAAGAACUCGACCUUCUGUAUGACUGCCUAUCCCAACUUGACCAUGAUUAACUUCACCAGCCAGGCCAAUAAGACGUUUGUCAGCGGGAGUGAAGAGUACUUCAAGUACUUUGUGCUGAAGAUUUCUGCGGGGAUUGAAUAUCCUGGGGAGAUCAGGUGGCCGCUAGCCUUCUGCCUAUUCCUGGCUUGGGUCAUUGUGUACGCGUCUCUGGCAAAAGGAAUCAAGUCUUCAGGAAAAGUGGUGUACUUCACGGCCACGUUCCCGUAUGUCGUGCUCGUGAUCCUGCUCAUCCGAGGGGUCACCCUGCCCGGAGCUGGCGAUGGGAUCUGGUACUUCAUCACACCUAAGUGGGAGAAGCUCACUGAUGCCACGGUGUGGAAAGACGCUGCCACUCAGAUUUUCUUCUCUUUAUCUGCUGCCUGGGGAGGCCUGAUCACGCUCUCUUCUUACAACAAAUUCCACAACAACUGCUACAGGGACACUCUAAUUGUCACCUGCACCAACAGUGCCACGAGCAUCUUUGCCGGCUUCGUCAUCUUCUCAGUUAUUGGCUUCAUGGCCAACGAGCGCAAGGUCAACAUUGAGAACGUGGCGGACCAAGGGCCAGGCAUUGCAUUUGUGGUUUACCCGGAAGCCUUAACCAGGCUGCCCCUUUCUCCAUUCUGGGCCAUCAUCUUUUUCCUGAUGCUCCUCACUCUUGGACUUGACACCAUGUUUGCCACCAUCGAGACCAUAGUGACCUCCAUCUCGGACGAGUUCCCCAAGUACCUGCGUACCCACAAGCCGGUCUUCACUUUGGGCUGCUGCAUUUGUUUCUUCAUCAUGGGCUUUCCGAUGAUCACUCAGGGUGGGAUUUACAUGUUUCAGCUGGUGGACACAUACGCUGCUUCCUAUGCCCUCGUCAUCAUUGCCAUUUUUGAGCUUGUGGGGAUCUCCUAUGUGUACGGCUUGCAGAGAUUCUGCGAAGACAUAGAGAUGAUGAUCGGAUUUCAGCCAAACAUUUUCUGGAAAGUCUGCUGGGCAUUUGUGACUCCAACCAUUUUAACUUUUAUCCUCUGCUUCAGCUUUUACCAGUGGGAGCCCAUGACCUAUGGCUCUUAUCGCUACCCUAACUGGUCCAUGGUGCUCGGAUGGCUAAUGCUGGCCUGUUCCGUUAUAUGGAUCCCAAUUAUGUUUGUGAUAAAAAUGCAUCUGGCUCCUGGCCGAUUUAUUGAGAGGCUAAAGUUGGUGUGUUCGCCGCAGCCGGACUGGGGCCCAUUCUUAGCUAAGCACCGUGGGGAGCGUUACAAGAACAUGAUCGACCCCUUGGGAACCUCCUCCCUGGGACUCAAAAUGCCAGUGAAGGAUUUGGAACUGGGCACCCAGUGCUAGUCUGAUGGCAUGAGAUGGCCCAGACUUGAUCCUGCUUUCCCUCUCUGCCUCCCCCUACUGGUUUCCCCAGCUUUCUUCCCAUUUUGCUGCUGCUUUGUCCCCACUUCUCAGUUCGUAUCUGUGCAUGAGAGUGGUUCCGUAGGACCUAGUGUCGCAUGCUGUAGUGAAGAGCUAGACGGACCUCCUCAAGCGCUGUUCGUCUGUCUCCGUGGUGUCCGUUGGCAGUAGGGUUGGUCUGCUAGCACGCACUUUACCCCACAGGAGCGGAUCAGCUAGGUGAGCACUUUCUGGUGAUGUCACAGGAGGAAUGUGUCAUUUGGCCAAUGGAAAAAUAUAUGCUGUGUGUUUUCCGUGGUGCCCAUAAAGCAUCUACCGAAUGGCAGAAUCACAGGACCAUUAACUAGACUCAUGGGUGUCAUAGGGAUGAGCUGAGCAGUACAGAGCUUUCAUUCAGACACAGAAAGACCAGGGCAUGGUACACUUUGAGGAUCAGCG